AUUUGGCCCGAGCUCUGCCACUGCCACUGGGGGCCUCUGACUUGAGCUCUUUGGCCAAAACAAAUUUAGUUGCGUCGCCGAGCUCAAAGAGAAAACAACGCCAAGACAAGCCACGCCACGCCACACGAAUACAAGAGUUACGCGCCAGGUUCCAGCUCAGCCCCCCAAAUAGCCCCGUGAAAGUGGAAGGAAAAUCGCAAACAAAAACAAAGCGAGGAAUUUUAUGCACUUUUACUCGCUCUCUUCUGCUGAUCGCUGAUCGCUGAUCGCUGGCUUUACAUCAUCCCCCAGCAGGGUCCAGCCCGAGGAUGUACAAGCACACGGUCAAGUCGAGGUUGGCGCAUGCCCGGAGUCAACCACCGCCAGUUGUGGCUGCCGACACAACGCCCACAUCGCCGAAACAUGCCCUUGGUGCUGGCAAGAAGUUCUUCUCCCACAUACGCCACAAAAUCGAGGAUAAUCUGAGCCCCAAACUAGGCGGCAAGCUGUACUACAAAGGCAGCAAGCACACGAGAUCGAUGAGUGCCCUCAGCCUGCAGGUGGAUGGCGGCUGCAUCGGUGGCAAGUAUACACCCAAUGCGGUGGCUCCACCUGCAGCCACACCAAUGCAGAUGGCACAACAGCAGAUGGUGUCGCCACAGAUGAGCAGCAGCGUAUGCAGCUACGUGGACAGCGACGAGGAGAGUCAACUGAGCCUCAGUCUCAGCCUCACGCAGCAGUCGCUGGAGGAUGAGAUCUUUGCGGAGCUCGAGAAGGUGGCACACGAUGAGAGCAAGCUGAACGAAGUGCUGCAGAGCUUUGACCAGAUUCUGAGUGAUUAUCCACCAGUGGAGGAGAUCAGAGAGCCCAUGGGGGAGGAGGUGCUGCCUGCCCCGCCAGCAGAGUUCUGCGAUCCACGGAUGCUGCUCUCCAAGUCCCACAGCAGCCUCAGCAUGGGCAGGGCCAAGCGACAGAUCUAUCAGUCGCCAGAGCUGGCCAAUUCCAUGCUCUUGCGGCGCUCCGAUUCCACAUCCAACGGGAACUCCCGUUACAAUUCGCUGAGUGAACUGAAUGGCAGCAGGAUACCCGUGUCGAAGCACUCGAGCUUGAGGAAGAGGAGCGAAAGCUUCUGUCUGGAUCAGCCGCUGAAUCACAGGAGCAGCAAGCAGCGCACACGAUCUAUGCUUACCCUGAACAGUGGCAUCUCAGGGAGAUCCACAGCCAGAGUCACGACCUCCUGCGCUGCAGCGCCACUGCCACCAAAGCGAGCCAACUCCACGCUGGAGAGGCGACAGAUACACGGUAGCAACAGCAGCAGACCAGCCGGUCCCAGGAGAGCCACGACCGCGCACAGCGAUGAGCUGCUGGUCAAGUGCCUGGCCAAGGGUCAUGAGAUUCUGCGGCAGGUGGAGAACAUCAGUGGCAAGCCGAAGCGGAGCAGCAGCAGCAGUAGCCGUCUCGUCACCAAGGAGCACUCGCAGCUGGCGAGGAAUAAGAAACGUCAGCAGCAGAAGCUGCAGUACGCCAACGAGGAGAAGGUGGGCAAACCCAAGCUCGAAUCCUGUAAGAUUAUACCCCCCAAGCUGGGAGAGACAUCGGAUAAGAAUCAGGAGCUGUUGGUCAAAGUAGUGCAGGAGGUGAAAGCCAAAUCAAAGGGAAAACCAAAGGGCAAGGAUGAUCCGCCGCUGAAGAAACUCCUCAAGCAGGAGACAGAGGAGAAGCAGCUGGAGCACUCUUCGGACUCGGAUGAUUCGGGACACAUCAGCAACACAGUGCUCUCGACUUCCACGUCCACCUGCAACUCUACGGGCAGCCUCUGCGAAUCGGAGGGCGAUGAGGCCGAGGAACCAUCGGCCAUGAAAAAAUCCAACAAAAUCGCCGAGCUGCUGCAAAAGUUUGAGGCAGUGGCAGCAGCGGCAGCGGCUGUUAAAUCGAAUGCCGCUUCAGUCCCUGGCCCUGGCCCUGGCCCUGCCAUGAUUGCGUCCAAAGUGGUGGCACAGGUGCAGCCGGUGCGUUGCAUUCAAACGCAGGUGGAGAUCUAUCCCACCUACACGAAAGAGGUAACUAUGCGGCUGCACUGAGCCAGCACCCCAGCGUUACCCAGCAGAUCCAUCCCAGGAAGUAUCUCCACCAGAACCCAUCUUAACUCUCAGAUGUAUCCGACUAUUAUCUACUGUGCUUUGCCUUAUCUAACUUUAUCCUUUUAUCU